GUUUCAAGCUUCAAGUCAUAAUUUACUUGCUGGCGGUAGUUUGCGGUCAGAUUUUUUGCGACUGUUUGAAAGGAUUAUCACUGAAUGUGUUUGUAUAGUGAUUGUUACCUUUGCUUGCCGCAAGAACAUCUAGAAUUGCUGGUUACGUUACCAUUAGUACAGUUCAGCCGCCGGGCACUUUUACAAGAAACGAAGACGAGGGUUAGCAAAAUGAGCAAGGCUGAGGACAGCGAUGGUUUGUAACUAAUCAUUUUGUAUUUGCUUUUUGUCUUCCUUGAACUACUGAGGGAAAUUAGAAAUUGCGUACAACGUUAACGACUAGCCGGAGGCAAAAUGUCAGUUCAGGAAUUCAACAUUUUUUCUGCCGUGAAACUACUAACGUCAAAAUAACCCUAUAGACACCGCAUAAUUUCCAAAGUUAAAAUGAAUUAAUGUAUGUAAGCUGUACAGCUUAUAAAAAGCUAUAAACACUCAGGUUUCCUUGCACUCUGAUAAAAGCACUGAUGAAGGACUAUAGCUCAGUAAAACAAGUCUUUUGCGUCGUCUUGAAUCAGCUAAGAUUUCAGUUCAAAUUCUCUGUUUUUCAAAUAUCGACCGUAAGUCUAUGAGCGAGAUCCUUAUUCUAGUUUCGAAUUUCAAGAGACAAAGGUCUGCUGUUAAUCUAAUAAAUCGUUAACCGACGUUUUCUUUUGUUCUUGCAUUAAAAAUAAGAGAACUAGACAUAGUUUUAUUACCCAUAACAUUAGCGAUGGCUGAGAAGUAACUUAGAGCUACUUAGGGGAAAGGCAAAUUUAAAACAGAGGGUGAAUUUGAUAUUGGCCAAUAUAUACACAGCGUAUACACAGCUGCUGUACAUCAUUGAAUAUGUUUCUAGGAAAAACAGGAAGUCUUUGAUGUCCAACAUGUGUAGAUUUGAACAAACCCAAAAGCGGGGCUCCCAUCCGAACACAGGAAAUUGAGAUUAAUAUAUAGAUUUAGCCAGUGCUAAAAGCGAAGCUCCCUUUAAUAUUUAUAGAUUUAUAGAUUCCUCAAAGAAAAUAUAAAAUUCAGUAAUACUAAAGACAAGUUGAAAGCAACGAGAACGGUAAAAACAACAACAAUAGAUCUAUAAUUAGCAAAAAAACAAAUUUGCACGUGCAGCAGUUUUUUUUGUACAUUUCCUUACUGUUGUUUUACACGACUAAGGGGGUGUUUACAUGAGAAACCUCGAACCAGCGCGAGUUUCAUGCCGGGAUGACUUUUUGAUUUCGUAUCGCGUUUACAUUAUGACUGGGUCAUUUCAUAUCUCGUUAUUUGAAAGUACACUUCAUGCUGAUAAAAUACACGUAAGAUCCAAAAUCGCAAACAUUACGAAUGCGCUACCCGUUCCAGUCUACAGGCAGACCGAUUUCACACCGAAACGUGUGGUUGUUUCGCGUUGACAUGAUACCGUUGCGAGAUUUCGUACCGGAGGUACAACAACCGGGGUGAACUCACCCCGGGAUGACUCGCGCCGGCACGACAUUUUGUGGUGGUAUAACGUAAACAAAUGUAGAGCCAUGAGAGGGAACCGGAGUGAACUCACUCCGGCGCGAAAGUCGCCCCGGUGUCAUGUUGAACUGGUCUCCUUGAAGCUACUGAUGACUGGGCCUUUAAUAUCGAUCGUGGUAAUGUGGCUAAUCAAGCUUUAUUUACAAAGCCACGAUCGACAUUAAAGGCCCAGUUAAUGCUGUGGUUUUUCAUGAUUCAAAAAAGGCAUUUUACACUGUUGAUCAUAAUAUCCUUUUAUCUAAAAUGAACCUUUACAGAAUACAAGGAAUUGCUCUCGAUUGGUUUAGAUCGUAUUUGACAAAUCGUACACGACGAUGUCUCGUUAAUGGUCCCCUUCAUAGAAUCUGUUCUCUUAACUGUGGGGUACCACAGGGAUCUAUAUAUGGUCCCCUUUUAUUUCUUAUUUACACCAACGAUUUGCCAAACUGCCUAACUUCAUGCCUGCCUAGGAUGUAUGCUGAUGACACCCACACAUCACUUAUGCAGAUGUUGAUGUGAAUUCAAUACAGCUAAAUUUGAAUCACGAUUUAGGUAAUCUAAAAAAAUGGCUUAUUUCCAACAAACUUAGUCUGAACUCUGCUAAAACUGAAUUCAUGCUAAUUGGAUCAAGACAAAAAUUGAGUACUUUUGUCGAGCCCACCCGAGCUCUCGAUUGAUAAUGUUCCGAUAGAAAAAGUUACCUCUGUAAAAUCGCUUGCAGUAUUCAUCGAUGAAAAUCUACGGUGGCAAACGCCCAUCGAUAAUUUAUCUUAAAAGAUCGCUUCCGGGAUAGGAGCGAUUAAAAGAAUUAGAGAUUUUCUUCCAACGCCUACUCUCCAUUGCAUACACAACGCCCUCACUUAAUCUCAAUUCGAGUAUUGCAAUAUUGUCUGGGGUAAUUGUGGUAAGACUUUAUUUGACAGGCUACAGAAGCUUCAGAACCGUGCUGCUCUAACCUUUUCUAGAUAUGAUGCAGAUUCCAACCGCUUAUUUAGACAACUUAAUUGGAAAGACUUGAGCACUCAGUUUCAAAUGCAAAAAGCCCCAAUGGUUUACAAGUCUUUAAAUGAUCUUGUUCCAGGAUAUUUAUCCUCUAAUAUGAAACGCUAUGAAACGCGCUACUCGCUAAGCGACUCUAUUAACAAACUGAUUGACCCGUUCCCGCGAACUAACUUCAUGAAGAACAUGACAGCUUCAGUUAAAGCGGAGCAGUUCUCUGGAACAGCCUGCCCUGUGAUAUCAGCGAGGCUAAAUCUUUAAGUCAAUUUAUACGAUUGGCUCAUCUGAAUUUCUGAUUUUUUGAGUACUGUGUACACGGCAUUCAUGAAAAACAGGUCUUAGUUCGGUUAGCUGUAGAUAGUUUUGCAUAUUGUUUAGGGUAGUUAAGUUCAUUUAUUUACUUGCUUAUACUCCUGAUGAAUUUUACCGUGUUUAAAUAAAGAAUUAUUCUAUUCGUUCUAUUCUAAGUUGCUAUUUGCAGUCUUUCUUUUCAUUUCCACUGCUAUGCUGUUUUGCCAGACACUCUCUGCCACUUUUUUCUUUGCGAAAGAACAAGAUAAAAAACGGCACUUCACUUGUUGAUUAUCGUGAAUCAAAAACUGAAAUGACCUUUUGAUUUCCGUGAUUCGUGAUUAGCUAUUUUUUGGUCAGUGAACCUUGCCAGAACGUUAAGUAUCGUUAAGUAUCCUUAGGUCCGAGAAUCGCGAUUAAUUUAAGAGGCAACGAAUUUCAUGAGCUGAGGUUUCAAUUUGAUGUUGGCGAUCCGAGGUCUGCAUUUUUCAAACUUUCCCUUUUUAGGUCCAUAUCUGAUUACAAAAUCAUCUACCACUGACACGUAACUUAUUUUGGCUAGACUGAAAAACACAACAGAGAGAACAUUUAUUUUGUAUGAUUGCAGGAAGCUGUGAACUAACCUGGUACAAAGGAAGUCAAUUUACACCGAAUGCUGCACUUGUUCACACUGAUUUUUUGGGCCUCAUGCAGAAAAUUAACGAUUUUGCUUCCUCGUGCGACGUAAAGGUUUGUUAAAUCCUUGGAAGUGACAACGCAUAUCUGAAGAGUUGUACUAGCCUACAUUUAUAAAUAAGUAAACCGAUCAAACCUUGAGAAUGUAUCAAAGGUCACUACAACGUUGUAAGAAAACGCAGUUCCCUCAGCCUUUGGUAAAGAUUUUGGAUCGAGGGGUGUGGUGAGGGGUGUAAAGGGAUUUCUCCUGCCGCCCCCUUCCCCAGUCCCCUGGUCGAGAGCUUUUUCUCAGGUUACACUUCCCCCUUAGACAAAAAUUUCUUUUCAGUUAAACGGUAUAGGUAGAAGCCUAGUUUAUUAAGGCUGCGAACCAUUGAAUAAAAUCGUUGUUAUAGAGGCAGUGCCCUUUUUGAAAAUGAAUGUUGAAUUGCUGCUGGUAACCGCAGUGUCGUUACACAACUAGUAAGAACUGCUAACUAAUCGCAGCUUUCUUUCAAAGUUGCCAAGGUAGCAGUUAAGUAACAUCUACAGAGAAUCAUCCUAGAAAUUUUUCUCCAAAAGUAUAUUUCCGAGGGAAUUAAUAUGGAGUGAAUUAAUUUUCAGGUGUAUGUCACCAGCUCUUUCAGAAAACCGGGACAAGUCAUAACUGGAGCGAUCGUGGAACCCGAUAAACGUAGCAACCACUACGUGGGUCAUGCAAUUGACAUGAAUGUAUGGGACAAGAAUGGAAAACUGUGCAACAGUAAAUGUCUUCGUCAUUCAUUGAACCAGCAUCCAGAUGUUCAGUGCUUUAUUGAUAAGGUCAGAAAUGAUCCAGAUCUUCGAUGGGGAGGAGAUUUUACCCCAAAAGAUGAGGUACAUAUUGAUGACGGCAUCAAUUGUCGACAACCGAGUGUCUACGAUAAGCUUUACAACACCUUACAUAAACACUCCCCAGACGUCUAGCCGUAUCGUGGAAAGUGUUUUUUAAGACCAUCAUGAAUAACUUGCUCAAAAAGCCGCCGCUGUAAGCGAACAGACCGAAAUUGAUGGGUGAAAGGAUUACGAGGUGUAAUGUUUUUUAGCAUAAGUAACGUUUGACAUUUACCAGAAAAUCUCUGUUAAAUCAUAUCGAGACUCUAUAAUUAACCC